AUGUCGGCAAGUAAAAAGGAUCACGCCAUCGAGGCUACGGCCGACGGCGAGGCUCAGACCAACGUCGCCUCGUCUCCUGCGUCGAUCAGUAGCGGCACCGACAGCGCAUGGAAGUUCGUCAACACCGUCGGUGAAGAUGUUGAUGAGGCGGCGGUUGCUGCCAUCGAUCUAUCUGCCUUACGCCGCAAGAUUGACUGGCACAUUGUCCCUCUCAUGUUUCUUUGCUACACAUUGCAGUUCUUGGACAAGGUCAUCUUGAACUAUGCCGCCCUCAUGGGUAUCAAGACGGACCUGCAUUUUGAUCCCAAGGGUAACGAAUUCUCUGAUAUCGCCACUUAUCUCUUCGUCGGCCUCCUCUGCUUCGAAAUUCCCAACAUCUACCUGUUACAGAUCACGCCUGCUGCAAAGUGGCUUGGUCUCAAUGUCUGUCUCUGGGGUAUUGCUACAGCGUGUGGCGCGGCAGCUCACAACUACACCACGCUGCUUGUAUCACGCGUCUUUCUCGGAAUCUUUGAAGCUACCAUUGGUCCCUCCCUGAUGCUUAUCAGCAGUCAGUGGUAUACCAAGUCGGAACAAGCCCCGCGCUUCUCCUUCUGGUACUUGGGUCUCGGCUUGGGCCAAAUUAUCGGUGGUGCUGUCUCGUAUGGAUUUCAGCAUAUUGGAGCUGAUGUUACACCUUCUGGUUGGCGCAUCAUGUUCAUCACACUUGGCUGCUUCACAUCUCUGGUCGGCAUUGCUACGGCGCUACUUGUCCCUGAUACUCCCAUGAAAGCCCCUUGGCUCACAAGCGUCGAGAAAAUGGCUCUUCUCAAGCAUGUGUCCGUGAACAAGACUGGUGUUUCGAGCCGCAAAUUCCGCUUCAAGGAGAUUAUUGAAGGACUUCUCGAUCCUCAAAUCUGGCUACUUCUAGCUGCAGUUAUUUUGCUGUCCGUCUCCUCGGGCGUCAUCACCACCUACUCCGCAACACUUAUCCGCGCGCUCGACUACUCUCCGAAGCAAUCCGCUCUCAUGAACAUGCCCUCUGGCGCUGUGAGCAUUUUCUUCACACUCCUAGUUGGCUACGGAAUCCGAUUACAAUCUAACCGCUGGGCGUGGAUUGUUGUUUGCAUUAUCCCAGCCAUUAUUGGCGGCGCGCUCAUGUCUUUCCUUGAUACCAAGACUAACCGUGCCGGUGUUCUGGCUGGAAUUUACCUUGUCAAUGCCGUUGUUGCUCCUCUGGCCGUUUUCUACAACUGGACGGUUGUGAAUGUCGCAGGUGCCACUAAGCGCGCCUUCGCUUGCGCCAUCAUCUCCGGUUCAUUCUCCAUUGGUAAUAUCAUUGGCCCACAGACCUUUCAAGCCAAGGAUGCGCCCCAGUAUCUGCCCGCCAAGCGCAUUUUGUUGGCUACCCAGGCCGCCUGUGCGGUUGCAACAGUGCUGCUUUUCGCAUACUACUGGUGGAUGAACCGAUCGAGGCGCGCAAGCGCCGCUACAAAGGAGGAGGACGAGGAGGAGUCAUACAAGUCUCGCGAGAUGUGGGGAAACCUUACUGACAAAGAGAACAAAGCUUUUGUCUACUCUUACUAG